AACGCUCAAGAAGCACACAAGAAACAGCAUAAAUCGCCAUUUCCUUCAUAUCUAGAGAGAGAAAAAGACGGUUGAAAUUCAUUCAUUCAUUCAUAUACAGAUCUUCAAUCUCUAUUUUCACGCCAUUUGUCAUCAUCCAGCUAAUGGCGAAUCGAGAUCCAGAGAACGGAGUAGGAUUGAAUAAGAACAGAGUAAGUAACUAUCCACCGCUAAAUCAUUCUCCAUCUUACUUCCUUGAUUCAAACGAUCGUCAAUGGACAUCCUGGCUAGUACCGAUGAUCGUUAUAGCUAAUAUCGCUAUGUUCAUCGUCAUCAUGUUCAUCAACAACUGUCCUCAUAACAAUAUAUCGAAUACGAACGGAACUUGUGUUGCUAGAUUCCUUGGUAGACUUUCAUUUCAACCUCUCAAAGAGAAUCCUCUCUUCGGUCCUUCCUCUUCAGCAUUGGAGAAAUUAGGAGGAUUAGAAUGGAGUAAGAUAGUGAAUGAACAUCAAUGGUGGAGAUUGAUUAGUUGUAUAUGGUUACAUGCUGGACUUAUACAUCUGUUUGCGAAUAUGUUAAGCCUUGUUUUCAUUGGAAUUCGACUUGAACAGCAAUUUGGAUUCGUUCGGAUUGGAGGAAUUUAUCUAUUGUCUGGAUUUGGUGGAAGUAUAUUAUCUUCGUUGUUUAUACAGAAGAAUAUUUCAGUUGGUGCUUCUGGAGCUUUGUUUGGUCUUCUUGGUGCUAUGUUAUCUGAGCUCUUCACUAAUUGGACUAUUUACACUAAUAAGGCUUGUGCUUUAUUCUCGCUAUUACUCAUCAUUGUUAUCAAUUUGGCACUCGGAAUCCUUCCUCACGUCGACAACUACGCACACAUCGGUGGAUUCUUAACUGGCUUUCUACUCGGAUUUAUACUUCUUCUUCGUCCCCAAUUCGCUUGGGUCGAAAGCCAACAUCUUCCACCAGCUGCUCGUUCUAACUCCAAAUACACCGUCUUCCAAUGGAUAUCGUUACUUCUUUCCCUUGCCUUCCUCAUUGCCGGUUUCGCGGUUGGGUUAGUGAUGCUUUUCCGAGGAGAAAAUGGGAAUGACCAUUGUAGUUGGUGCCAUUACUUAAACUGUGUCUCCACCUCAAAAUGGACAUGCAAUAGGUAACAAAAACCAAAGAUAUUUCUUCUAUUUAAUAUAUAUAUAUUGUACAACUUUAUUUUCAUAUUAUAAAGUGUAUCUUUUUGCUAUAUAGUAAACAUAUGAUUGAAUUAAAUUAAUUUGAUAGUCUAA